AGAUGCUUCAAUUUUCUUGUCCGAUUCCAAAAGAGUCCCUUUUGUCUUGACGAUGGCGCGGCCUCGUGCUCAAUCCGGCACCGAGGGUCCCAAGGAGCCCCAUGCAGUUUCUCUCAAAGUUCUGCGACUGUCACGACCGUCUCUUUCCUACCAAUACCCUCUCCCCGCCGCCAAUACGAAGAUCUCGCCAAGAGCUUCAUUGAGCUACCCGUCCGCCACCGCCGACAACCAAUUCAUUCUCACUCCGAAUCUUACGCUACCUCCAGCUUUCGGUUCCGCCUAUGUCGGAGAAACCUUUGCAUGUACACUGAGUGCGAACAAUGAACUUCCCGAAGACGAGUCGUGGCGAGUCGUGACCUCUGUGCGGAUUGUCGCUGAAAUGCAGACGCCGUCUCAGGUGGCAUCAUUAGACCUCGAGCCAGCCGAUGACCGCGCUCAAGCCGAAGGCUUGGAGAAGGGGCAAUCAGUGCAGAAGAUCGUACGGUUCGACUUGAAAGAGGAGGGAAAUCACAUUCUGGCCGUCAGUGUGAGUUAUACGGAAACCCUGAUGGGGAACGAUGCCCAGGCGGCGAGCGGCCGAGUCCGAUCGUUCCGCAAGCUAUAUCAGUUCGUUGCGCAGCCCUGUCUCAGUGUCAGAACCAAGGCCUCCGAGUUACCGCCGUUCGAGAUCGAGAAUAAGUCCCUUGGACCGUACGGGAAGACUGGGCUCGUUCGGUUUGUGCUCGAGGCACAGCUUGAGAAUGUGGGGGAAGGGCCAGUGGUCGUCGAGCGAACAAAGCUGAAUCCCAAACCGCCGUUCAAGUCACAGACCUUGAACUGGGACUAUCGAGACACGGAGGCGACCGAUACGCAGCAGCCUUCCCUGAACCCACGGGAUAUCCUCCAGGUUGCAUUUCUCGUUGAACAGGAAGAAAACCAGACCGAUGGCUUGGAAGCUCUUCAGAAGGACUUGAAGCGGGAUGGCCGAGCCAUCCUAGGGCAGUUGUCGAUUGAAUGGCGCGGUUCAAUGGGAGACAAGGGGUUUUUAACCACGGGGAAUCUUUUGACGCGAAAACGAGCCCAUGUGUAGUCAUUUGAUGAAGAGUAAUAACAUAUUGAUCAAUUCAAGCUUAAAUAUGCU